AUGUCCGAGAGAGGUGAGGAAGCUGAGCACCCCACCAACGCCACUGGAAGUCCAUCAACAGCGACGGGAGAAGAGCAACAAGUGCAAGAUGAGGCUGCAAGUAUAAUUGAAGAACCUCGAUUUAGAUGGGUUCGACCCAAUAUGAGGGAAUACCAAGCGCGCAUAAAUCUUUAUGUGCGUGUGGAGGUCAUGAAUAGGGUUCGACAGAAACUGCACGGUAUUGGCAGUAGUGAAUUAAAGCAACGGUUCUUAGACGGAGUUUUUGGACAUCUGGUCCAAUUGCGGCGCUCCGGUAGCGCCAAUAAUGCGCUGUCCGAGCUCAUUGCUCGGGAACUUCAUGAUGCUAGCUUCUCAGAGUUCGAGAAGCGGUUCUUUGUGGGUGGGCAUGAGGUUAGCUUCACCGCCCAAGAUUACGCCUUGGUGACGGGGCUUAGGUUUGGCCCGUCGGACUUUGACACCACAGCGGACCAUGUCAUCCCCCAGAGCAGCUUGUACAUGCGUCAUUUUGAUGGUAAGAGAGUGAGUAUUAACACGUUAGAACAAAAGUUCAAUGAUGGAUUGUUCAGGGACCCGGAAGAUUUGUUAAAGGUUGCCCACAUACUCAUCUUAUAUCAUAUUUUGAUAUGUCGUGGGGAGAGCAUAUGGAUUGAUGAGUGGGUAUGGGCGUUAGUAGAGGACUCCGAGGCAUGGGCUCGUUUUCCUUGGGGAUCGUACAACUUUUCUAUCCUAUGCCAUCAAAUGAGUGUCUUGGUAAAGCAUCCAAACCAAAUCAAGAACAAUAGAAAGACUUACCAUAUCUUUGGCCCUGUGUGGGCUUUUCAGAUAUGGUCGUACGAGGUGAUACCCAAAUUGGGAGGCUUGUGUGGGAAUCGUGAUAGCGAGAUGAGCAUUCCUCGUUGUUUGCACUGGGACACGCGUGCUGUUCCUUCCAUUGACUUUUCAGAGUUAUUCGAUCGUCAGCUUAUAAUUCGGCCUAUGGUACCUACUCCUCGGGAAGAAGGCCAUGAGUUCUUUAUCAGCCUAGGUACAGAUCAGCAGAUGGCAGUCACUUUUCGGCCCUCGAAGAGGCAUGCCGCAAAAAAACUGCUAGUGGACGAAGACGUUGAGGUAAUUGAGGAGGAGUCUGAUGAGCCACCGAAGAGGAAGAGAAGACGAGAGCCAUGUCAUAAGACCGCACCCAAGUCGAGAACUGCUGUAGAGAAGCGACAUCAUCCCGAGCCGAGUGCAGCAGCCGAGAAGCGGCAGAGGAGACAUUCUCCAGAGCCACCACAGCCAUCUACUACUUGUUGCUUGCAUGGCAAUCCAUGCAAGCAUGCAGAUGACGAGGAGGCUCACUUGGAGCGCUUGGCUCGAAGAGUAGCUCCUCGCAUACCAUUGGAUGACUUGGAGAGUGGUUGGAUAGCCCGUCUCGCGCAUAAAUUUCAGCUACGUGACGGCCAAAUCGCGCCAAGUUCUUCUGUAUAUGAUAAAAGCACAAUCCGUGAGCAACAUUCGGGUAUAUGGACUCAAUGGCACUCCGGAUGCUCGUGUGUUGAUCAGACACGAUCAGUAAGUCAUCCGGUGGAUCUCCUAGGCUCGCACGCAGCAUCGAGAAAAAAUAUGUCCAUGAUUCGUCAUUCUUGA